GUAAAUCCACGAUUGUAUACAAAUACGCAAUUAUAGUCUACGCGAUUUAUUACCCACCAAAAUGAUAGUGAUUCAUAACGAUACGAUCCGUUACCUAUUGAAGUAAAUGACCGAUUCCAUUGUACCUAUUAUAUUAAGCCCAUCGUUACAUCCUAGAUUUACCUGUUUCUUCCCCAAAGACUUAUUUAAGAAAACCCCGAGAAAAAGAACGAAGAAAAAAAAAAAGAAAGAACCGAUUCGUUGUCUCGAACCCUUCCGGUAGACACGUACUGCGAUUCAACGAUGUCAGUAAAUCUGAAAACUCCACGAAAGUUGCCCGAUUUUUGCUCGAUGAUCGAGCAUAAAUCACGAAACAACGUCAGCUUACGAAAUUGAUCGAAAUAUUUGAAAUUGUACUCAAGUAAGCAAACAACAAAAUAUCAUUGGACAAAUAAAAUCUUCGCUCUCUAAAAAUUAUCUCGUUCGUUCCUUAGCCCUUUAACGGAACCCCCGAACCUUUCUCGCCUCCCUCAGCCGUCUAAUCGCGGAACGACGUCGGAAUUUAUGGAAAUUAAGUUUGAGAUUGUAGACGAGUAGACAAGGAAUGAAACGAUCGUUCUACGAAUUCUGUUCAAUCGUUCGGUGUCCUUUAACGGAACCCUAAAUCGUCGUUUCCUUUCACUUUAUCCAUCUCGUCGCUGCUUUCUCGGAUUACGGCGUCGUGAUGCAAGACCGGCGAGUUUCCGGAGCUUCUUGUCUGCGGAUAAAAGUGGGAACCGAGCGGACGACCGCGAAAAAGAGGAGACAAAGUCCUCGGCGAGCAGCAACGCCGGCACCAGCAACAGAAGGAGAAAAAGGAAGAGGAAAGGACGAUAUCGGAAGUUGCUGCAGUGGAACAGGGGUAACGUUGCUUCUUUUGUGCGGUGUCUACGGUGCUUUGGCCGGUCGCCGUUACAUCGCCAUUCCCGUGGACGGGUUCGACGUGAUCGAGCUGAGCCCGGUGCCCCCAGCCACAGCCAGGAUCACCAGGCAGACAGAAGCUUACCUUCCAGUAGCAGUUCCUAGUGUCUCUCAGGAAGAGCCGAUGAGUGUGCGCUCCGAGAGGUCCAACGCCCGCAUCCUGGAUUACGUGGAUUUCGGUGGACAAACAGGCUCGAACGGAGCCUUCAGCUGGUACGCCGAUUAUCCAGCGCAUCAUUAAUCACCUAGAGCCUGAACGAUCGAGACGCGUUUCCACGGAUCCUGCCUACGAGCGUUCCACGAGCGACGAAUCUGUUACGUCGAAGACGAAGGAGAACAUCGGAGAAGCAGAUGACCCGGAGAUGGUAUCGAUUGUUCUUUCGCGUUCUGAUCGGAUCAGCGGACGUUAGAAUAUCUCUUGGCGAAGAUUGUCGUUGUAAGACUGGCGACCAUCAAGUUGGUUAGCAGGUUGAUCCUCUAACGAGACGUACUGUGCGAGAAACGCGCACGUAACAUGAAAAAUUGGUCGCCGCGACCUAAAUCUGCCGCCAGAAGGCAAGCAAAUAUAACAAAGCAAGCGUGGUUCGUGAUCCGAUGUCAGGAACGCAGGAAAUCUGGAGGAUCGUUCAUUUCGAAUUAGGUCGUUUCGCUACGCCUUCGAAGGGUCAACGUUGUCGAACAGUUUCGAAGAAACACGGACGUUCAAAGCGCGAAGCGUGCGCUCCUUGAUCGAUGUAUUUUGAAAAUUAAAUUACUCCUCGAGUUGGCUAAGUUAGCUUGUUAAGCAAUUUGGUGCAGCGACCACGCGAAAACGUAUGUACGCGGAUCGAUCGAUACGUUUUGCAAGCUUUUUAAGCUACGCUCGUUUCGUCGAUGUAUAAAGUGAAUUGUUUGCGAAACUCGCGAAACUGUCCUGUCUCUUCGAUACGAACCUCCCGACCUUUUUUCCUUUUCCAUUUGACGGAUGUUAAAGAGUCGAUUGCCGCGUAACGAGACCAAUCGUUAUUCGUAUAAUUUUUCCAUAGCGAGUCGAAGCUGUUUGAAUAAAAUAUGAAGCAGCUUGGUUAACCGAGAUUCGACGAUCUCUUCAUCGAAUAUUCCUAAGAGACCCGUUCACGGACAAUACUUGGAAACAUCGCGUGCUCCGAUGUGCGAUAAGCUUCGAACUGUUUACGAUCGCUGUUAAAAUAAAAGCUUGCGGCUGAAACUCGUUCUUCUCGACGACGAAGUUCCAUCUAUCUUCACUCGUGAAAUUUACCCGCGGUAUUUAUCCCGACGCGUGCUGUAUAAAUGUAAGAGGAAGGGCAAAAGUACACUCAAUACAUAUGCAUGGUGGCGAGCGAAAGCUUCUAGUCGGAUAAAGUUUACCUGCGAUCUUUCGUCGAGUUCGGUGAUCUCUUAAAACCACGGUCGCCUUCGUCAACGUGCCAUCCAUUGCUCUUUAAACUUUCUCUCCUCUACAGCCGCUAAUUACUUUCAGAGAAUUAACGACGAUAAAGGACGAUAAAGGUCGUUCGUUGUCCUCGGUGUCCCUGUGAAGAUCUACCUCGAUCCUCCGGGGGAGAAAUCACGAAAGAACGAUAUCCGACCAGAAAUUCUCGUACACCACCGUGAAACAUCGGACGAUGUCCAUUUAGAGUAAUAAUAGUUUUAUUUUCCGGCAUAUGAUCACACCCAUCGUUACAAUACGAUAAAUAGCGAGAGAACGACGGUGCGUGUCCUUUGUAUCUCUUCUGUCAUGUUAAUAUCUAUAGUUUCUUCUCUCUCUCUCUCUCACUCUCACUCUCACUCUCACUCUCUCUCUCUCUCUCUCUUUUUUAGGUACAACGAUAACAAUCUCGUCGAGGCGAGCAUCAUUCCUAUUCCCAGGCGGAAUUCAAUUUAACGAGCCGGCGAAUUUCACGAAUCACGAUUCUUCUUAAGUACCUAUAUAUCUAUAUAUGUAUGUAUAUAUUAUAUCGCGGCCAUCUGGCGUCUGCAAACGGCUAAGAAACGAUAGGAUCGAUCGAAUCCGCUCGUUAUUAUCCUCGUCACGCUCUUCCCUUCGCCAUCUCGUUCGUAUUCCCUCGUUCUUUUCACGCUCGUUGAAAUUUCAAUGGAUCUAGCGAAGAUCCAACACGCGACGUUAAUCGGCUACGUUUCGCAAGGAAUCAACGACUUUUCGUCGAUCUGGCGAUCGCGUCGCUCCUCUUCCUUUUAUCCGCAGCGCGGAGCAAGUACAUCUUGCGUUCUCGCCAUUCGAUUACAAGUUACGAACCAUCGAUAAAUUAAGUUCCGUAGCUUCUAAUUGCAAUUGUAACAUCGGGACGAACGAAAUUUCGCAGCGGAAUUACGCGUUAGGCGAAGAGGAACAGGCGAAAGUUUCUCUGAAUAGGAAGAAGAAAAAGAAGAAGAAGGUCGAUCGUUACUGUUCCUCUUGAAACACGUUUUGCGUUAUAAAUGUUCGCUGUAAUUGUUCGUUGAGAUCUUCCUUCUACGAUAAACGUCAGAAAGGACUGUGUUCUACGAGGCGAUAUAAUUCGCUUGGAGAUGAAUUGUUUUCGUAGGAAGAAGAGAUAGGAUGAUCCUUGGCGCAACAGCGUGAAGAGGAUAAUAAAUGCUUGAUCGAAUCCGAGCGCGUCAUUUCCAUCUCUAUUCGCCGUCUCUAUCCAACGUUACAUCGAAAUACUUAAAAAGCAAACGCAAUUAUCGUAAUUAAUAGCGAUUAACGUUGCUCUCCGCAAAUUCCGCUAGCUUCUCCUCCCUUUCGCUGCGUAUAUUUCCGUUCAGACCUUACCACUUAAUCGAUACAGUUGAAUUUUGUGCGAACGCGGCAACAUUUUUAUUCGCUCGAGCAAUUUAUUAAUUUAACGAUCGUUUAACGCUCUCGACGAUUCCGUAUCAUCAGAUACCUCGCUGCAAUCCGCCAUCCCAUCUACGAGAAAAGACGUCGCGUCGCCUUUUCCAUUCGCGAUCGUUUUAUACUCAAGUUGGUACAGUUUCCUGUAAUCCAAACACUAUGGAUCACCCUGAACGAGACGUUUUUCAAUUAUUUAACAAAAUAUACAGCGGAUACGUAUCGACGUCAACAGCGACUUUCCAUGCUAAAUUUUGGACAAAGAAGGUUUGCAAAGCUCGCUCUUGCUCCCUGAUUGUUUUCUACGAAACAACAGCGACUCGACAACUGCUGACCUGGUGACGUAGCUACGUCAAGAAAGACAACACGAGGUUGAGCGGCGGUAUCGAUCAAAAUUCGAAGCUUCGAUGGCUAACCGACGAGCACGGAAGAAAAUGUUCAUCUCGAUGGUCGUUCCAUCGGGAAAUUUUUUUUAUGCGUCUUGUUCUAUGCUGCGACUCCUGUCCAAACACGAUUAUGGCAGCGAUCAUCGAAGCGUUAAUUACGUUUCCGCGUCGCGACGUUCUCUCGGCGUUCGAUCGAACGAUUUCGCGCGAAAAAAUUAUCCGCCUGGCGCGUAGGCUCGUCAGAGGCGUUACAUAAACGUAUCGCGGCUCGCAAAACGCUUCUGUUCGCCACGAAACGCCUCCUCAUCCGUUUCGAACGCGUUUCCACUUAUCGACGGCUCGCCGAGCGUAACGAAAACAACGCGUUUUCAAGCGCGUUGCAGAAAAGUACAAACACAAGUAGGAGGAAAACAACGUGUUCCGCGCCUUGCCGUUGUCACACGCUCAAGAAGGUCACCCGCUCAGAAACUGUAACAGGAUAAGC